AUGACAAAUUUUAUCGGAGAAAAGGUUUUUUUCUCUAAACACAAAUUGACCUUUGAUAAUGAUAUUCGUAACAAUUCUAACGCAAAUAUCAAUAGACCGAAAGUUUGGGCAAUGACACGUCAAGAAUUGUGCGAAACAGUUCCGUACUUUAAAUCAUGGAAUGGUGGUGUUUACUAUAAGAAUGGUGUAGUUUGGGGAUACUUAUUGGAUGGUUUUGGUGCUUGCGUGACCGGUGGGAAGAGCUAUAAACGUACGGAUGGAAGUUUCGGCCUUGCUGCGUCACAGAUGUUAACAGAUGUAUCUGUUCGAUCUUUAUUAAAAAAUUAUAUGAAUAAACAACCAUUGACAUUACUCGUGGGGCGUGCUGAAUUUAGAAUUCCGGCGCGUUAUUGUGUUCUUGGAUUAUAUCCUAUUACACAUGUUUGGGUUCGAAAAAUUACGGAUGAGGAAAAUGUUAUCGAUGAAAUUUUACCUAUCAAUCGAGAAAAUUUCGGUGAAAAGAAUCACGAAGAGAAUCAAAUAAAGAGUCGAGAAAAUGGGAAAACAAAAUUUAUUCGUUGGAUGUUUCGAUUUGAAUGGUUACCAAAUCAAGAAUUCAUACCUUGGUGGGAAUCUCUACAGAAAAUUACGCAAUCUUAA